AUGGAUACUAGGAUGUUAUAUUUAUGCAUUGUCAUCCUUGGGUCAAUAUCAAGAAGCACACAGCAGUUGAUAUACCAAGACAGACCAGAAAACACAGAAAGCAAAAUAAGCUUGUUGGAAUCGGAUACAGUUGCACAGCACAGUAGAAGUAUCAAUUCCUUAAUGAUAGAAGUUUCGAAUUUGCGAACAUCGCUUCAGAAUAUCCAACAGUCGGUUUCAGGUCGUAGUUCAAGACUUACUGCCAUCGAAACACAACAAAGGUCUCAGGGCUCAUCUUUGACAUUUCUGUCAAAGGGUUUGAAAUCAUUCAUUAAGGUUCGGGUCAGCGAUGGUGGAUCUAGCUAUGGCAGAGUUGAAGUGUUCUAUGAUGGCUCAUGGGGGACUGUUUGUGACGAUGGCUGGGACAAUAAUGAUGCAAGGGUUGUUUGUAGGAUGCUAGGUCGCAGCGGAGGUACAGCACUAGAAUCCGCUUAUUACGGUGAAGGAAGUGGUCAAAUAUGGCUUGAUGACGUCAGUUGUAGUGGAACAGAAUCAUCUCUGAUGGAAUGUUCAAAACCUCCGUUUGGUAUGCAUAAUUGUGGUCAUGGCGAAGAUGCAUCGGUAAGGUGCAAUUAAAAUUGAAUUAAAAUUGAAUGCACGGGUCUUAAUCGCGGAAAAGCAGUGUAACUUGUUUCGGAAAAGUUGGAUUUUUUUUCGCGGAAAAGCAGUGACUAAUUUUGGAAAAGUGGAAAUGUGCUAGAAAUAUUAUUCCUGAGUGAUGUGUCAUGCUACUUUAUAAACAUAUAUUAUUUUGAAUUUAAACAUGUAUCUUGUUAAAAAAAACGAACAUUAUCUUAUUUGAAGUAGUUUGUGUAUACAGAGUAUGCCAAUUUCAUUUAUUUUUCCUGGCGCUGAUUUUGAUUUUCUUUUUAUCUUUUUCCAUAUUGAUUCACAAAGACUUAACCAGCUGU